AUGCACGGGGCAGCGGAAUCGAUCUUUGCGGCACAAUCCAGAGAUUUGAGGGAUGACAAUUCAGCACGACUCGUCUGGUCGGCACUGUCUCCCAAUAUUGUUCCAGAACACGCUGCGACGCAAGUGCCGCUGAGUUCCCGCGGAGCUCGACCGAUCAACAAGUACUGCGGGCUUGGCGCGUCGUUGACACAAUCGAACUUGCGCCACACCGAACUGAAGUCACCCGAUUGGAGUUCAAAAGAUUCUGGCAGCAACAAGAUCGACGUGCAGCAGCGAUCGAUGGAACAGGCGGCAAACAGUGCAAACCAGCUAAAAGAAACAAACACGCCCCUCCCCGCGGGGAGCUGA